AUGCCUCACUCUCGACGGUACCGCUCGUCGGAGCGCAGCAGCCGGGGCAGCUACCACGAGCGCUACAGAAGUCGCAAGCACAAGAGGCGGCGGACGCGGUCCCGGUCGAGCAGCAGCGAACGCGACCGGCGGCACCGGCGGGAGGACAGCUACCACGUCCGAUCCAGGAGCUACGACGACCACUCAGCAGACAGGAGGGCCUACGACCGGCGUUACUGUGACAGCUACCGGCGCAACGAUUACAGCCGCGAGCGAGGGGAGGCCUACUACGAGCCUGAGUACCGACACUCCUACGAGUACCGGCGCUCCCGGGACCGCGAGGGCAGCUACCGCAGCUGCAAAAGCAGCCGGCGUAAGCACAGGCGGAGGCGGCGCCGCAGCCGGUCCUUUAGUCGCUCCUCAUCGCAGCGGAGUCGACAGAGCAGCAGAAGGGCCAAGAGUGUGGAGGACGACGACGAGGGGCAUCUGAUCUAUCGCGUCGGCGACUGGCUACAAGAAAGAUAUGAGAUUAUUAGCACCUUAGGAGAGGGCACCUUCGGCAGAGUGGUGCAGUGCAUCGAUCACCGGAGGGGUGGUGCACGUGUGGCUCUCAAAAUCAUUAAAAAUGUGGAGAAAUACAAAGAGGCUGCUCGGCUGGAAAUCAAUGUGCUGGAGAAAAUCAAUGAGAAGGAUCCUGAGAACACAAAUCUUUGUGUCAGGAUGUUUGACUGGUUUGACUACCAUGGCCACAUGUGCAUCUCCUUCGAGCUGCUGGGGCUCAGCACCUUUGAUUUCCUGAAGGACAACAACUACCUGCCUUACCCCAUCCACCAAGUCCGGCACAUGGCCUACCAGGUGUGCCAGGCUGUGAAAUUUCUGCAUGACAACAAACUCACUCACACUGACCUCAAGCCGGAGAACAUCCUCUUCGUGAACUCCGACUACGAACUCUCCUAUAACUUGGAAAAGAAGCGGGACGAGCGGAACGUGAAGAGCACAGCCAUCAGAGUGGUGGACUUUGGCAGUGCCACGUUUGAUCAUGAGCAUCACAGCACGAUUGUCUCCACCAGGCAUUACCGGGCCCCAGAAGUCAUACUGGAGCUUGGAUGGAGCCAACCCUGUGAUGUGUGGAGCAUUGGCUGCAUCAUCUUUGAGUAUUAUGUGGGUUUCACCCUGUUCCAGACACAUGACAACAGGGAGCACCUGGCCAUGAUGGAGAGGAUCUUGGGGCCAAUUCCUUCUCGGAUGGUCCGGAAGACAAGGAAGCAGAAAUAUUUCUACCACGGCCGCCUGGACUGGGACGAGAACACCUCUGCUGGCCGCUACGUCAGGGAAAACUGCAAACCACUGAGGCGCUACCUGACCUCCGAGGCCGAGGACCAUCACCGCCUCUUCGACCUCAUCGAGAGCAUGCUGGAGUAUGAACCCUCCAAGCGCAUCACCCUGGCUGAAGCCCUCAAGCAUCCCUUCUUUGACAUCCUGGAGAUGGAGCCCAGCACAAAAAUGUGGGACUCUAGCAGGGACAUCAGCCGGUGAUGCCCCCCAGGUGCCAACCUGGCCCUCAGAUUCUAGCCCCUGUGGAGGCCUUGUGUGAUUUCUAUCCAGACACUUGGUGCUUUUUUUUUUUUUCCUUUUUGGUUUGGUUUGGUUUAUUUUUUUUCCUUUUUUUUUUUUUUUA